AUGUUCCUCUCUGAUGAUAUUAUUAUCAACAUUUUUAAGCCACUCCUAGAAUUCUGUCACUUUAUUCAGCUCCGAGCUGUUAAUUCUCAUCUCUGUCGCUUAAUUACCUCAAAUUUAGAAGAAAAUAAUCAAAUCAUCAAGAAGGGAACACAACUGAUCAUUUUGAAAGGCAGUUUUAGAAUUAGAGGUGAUGUAUUACUUCCCUUUACUGAAAUUUUACGUAAACAGGAAAUCAAAUCUCAACACGUGAUUGAUGAAUUCAACAGGAAGGAUUAUGGAAGAUUAUUUAAAUUUUCUGAUUUGGAAUAUGCUAGAACAAAUAAUGCCUCUUUUAGAACUGAGUCUUUCCUACCACCAAACAAUAGAAAUUUAAUUACUAUCAAACAUACUAUCUCAGAUCCUAAUGAUGAUAGUGCUGUAUGUUGUGCUAAUUGUAAGAUUGAUUUGAUUUUAUCACCAACACAAUCGAAAGCAUGGAAAGAGGAAAAUGGGUGUGUUGUUGGAAUGGUUUCGAAUGAAUAUUUUGAUUUGGUGUGGCAUUAUGAUUUUCUUACUGGAAUACGAGUUUAUGUAAAUAUUUGUACAAUCAUGUAA